GUGUGACCGAGGCGCCAACUUCUUUGAAAACAGCAACAAACGACAUGGGUUGCCUUGCGGAAGAAGUGCUCUUACCUUGAGGCACUCCUGACUAGCACUUAAUGCUCCUCAGAAGCUAACCGUGCUUCAAGCUCCCUGCUUUCGUACUAAAUCUCUUGAACUUGAGGAUAGUUACAAUGCUAAUCGUUGACGCAUCCAGCUCCUGUGAUAUCUGCUUGGAGCCAUUUGAAUGGGAUUUCACACAAAGAUCGCCUCAUAUUAUCGACUGCGGGCACGUCUUCUGUGCAGAAUGCUUGCAUCAAGUUUUUCCUACCAAAUGUCCCCUCUGCCGCAAAUUAUAUCUUCCUAGUGAAAUACGCAAGCUCCAUGUCGAGUGUCGCUCUGAUGAUGACAAAGAAGAAGUCGACCUCCUCAAGGAAUUGAUCACAGCCUAUGAUUCUUCGGAAGAAGAUAUAUUGCGCCUCCGAAUUCGAGUAGACUCAUGGCUUUCAUCGCGAACACUUAAUGAGCAUAGUCCUCUUCGUCGAGCUCGCGACGCAUUGGAGCAAUAUCAACAGCUCAAACAAAAAAGGUUUCAGGAUCGAAGGAAGAUCAAAACUUUGGAAAGGGCUGCUCGGCAAUGGGAGAAAUCAGUUCAAGACUCCGCCACGAGGAAGGAGGCUGAAGCUGCGAUCAUGGAACAAACAUUGCGGAGCCAGCUCGCAGAGCACCAAGCACAGAUUACUCAGCUUCGUGCUGAGAUAGACAAAAAGCAAGCGCAACUCGACCGUAGCAAAUUGAAAAAAUCGACACCCAAGCCUCUACCGCUACCACAGGUUCUGACCCCCAUCUCUAAUCCUCUUCCUACCCCACCGCGAUUAGUCCGUGUCACCACAAAUAAAUCCACUUGGCCUGUCGAUCACAAAACCCGAAGUAAUACUAUGCCUCCUCCCCGGUUCCCCAUCCUCGAGCGCGAUGAUGGUUUUGAUGGUUUGGAGGACAACGCGGCAUACUUUACCUGUCGAACUGCUCCGUAUGCUUGGUUGGAUGAUGAGGAGUUUGGCGAUGAAUCGUCAUUACAGAGGCCAAUUAAAAAUGCCCAUUGUUAAAGAUGAGGAUUGUUUCUAAUCACUGCUGGUCAGGUUAUCGGGAUCCAUGAUGAUAUUUUAUGCGCUGUUGUACACUACCUAAUUUGAGGUCAUAGUAUUGUUCCGGGCGAGUGCACCAUGAAUUUGAA